GAGUGGCAUAGAGCUGAUAAGCGAAACGACCCCCCCUCCCCAAGAAGGCCCAAACAAAAGUACCCUCCUCUCUCCUUCAUCUUCGUUCGUGAUGGUUCUGCUCUGAACGAGUGCAGUGACGUUUUAGGAUUCCUGGGUUUCAUUCGCGAUGGCUCAAAAGCCGGAAGAACAGCUGAAGGAGGUUGGAUCCAAGCUCGACCCACCUCCUUCCUCCAAGGACGCUCUCCUCGAGCUCUUGAAGCAAGCUGCUGAUUGUCUUUCUGAGUUCGAUCAGUCACCACCAGCACCGGUGAUGAACUCCAUGCAGCCUUUUCUUGAUGCAGUUGUUAAACCUGAAAUUCUUAAGCAUCAAGACAAGGAUGUUGAGCUUCUAGUUGCUAGUUGCAUUUCUGAGAUAACACGGAUCACAGCCCCUGAAGCCCCUUACGGCGAUAAUAUUAUGAAGGAUAUCUUUCAAUUGAUUGUGAGCACUUUUGGUGGGUUGAAUGAUAAUGGUAGCCCAUCAUUAAGAAGAAGAGUUGUCAUUUUGGAAACGGUUGCAAAGUACCGGUCAUGUGUUGUAAUGUUGGAUCUUGAAUGCAAUGAUCUGGUUACUGAGUUGUUUACUACCUUAUUCGCUGUUGCCAGAGAUGACCAUCCAGAAAACAUUCUGUCAUCAAUGCAAAAUAUAAUGGUUGUUCUUUUGGAAGAAAGCGAGGACGUUCAGGAGCAUCUCUUACUAAUUACACUCUCUAAACUGGGCCGCAAUAGAAGUGACAUUACAGCUGCUGCGAGAAAACUUGCUAUCAAAGUCAUAGAGCAGUGUGCACCAAAACUUGAAUCGGAUAUAAAACAGUUCCUUAUCACUUCAAUGUCUGGAGAGAGCAGGUUGUCGAACAGUCAAAUCGACUACCAUGAAGUUAUCUAUGAUUUAUACCGUUGUGCUCCUCAGACCCUAGCCGGAGUUGCACCAUAUCUCAUGGGAGAACUAUUGGCUGAUCAGUUGGAAACUCGUUUAAAAGUGGUGGAAUUGGUUGGAGAUUUGUUUUCCUUGCCUGGAUCUGCAUGUUCUGAAGAAUUCCGUUUGAUCUUCUUGGAGUUUCUGAAAAGGCUGUCUGAUAGAGCGGUUGAAGUUAGAAUGUCUAUCCUUGAACAUAUCAGGAGCUGUUUGCUCUCCGAUCCUUCAAGAGAAGAGGCUUCUCAAAUAAUAUCUACUCUAUGUGAUCGGCUCCUGGAUUACGAUGAAAAUAUACGCAAGCAAGUUGUUGCUGUUAUUUGUGAUGUGGCUGCAAAUGCACUGGGUUUGGUGCAGGUUGACACUAUAAAGCUAGUUGCUGAGCGUCUUCGAGACAAAGCCGCACUGGUUAAAAAAUACACUUUGGAGAGGCUGGCUGAUUUGUUCAAGGUAUAUUGUCAAAGUUGUGCUGAUGGAAAAGUUUGCGUUGGCGAGUUUGAUUGGAUUCCUGGAAAGAUUUUGAGGUGUUUUUAUGACAAAGAUUUUAGAUCAGACACUAUUGAACAUAUUCUAUGUAAUUCAUUGUUCCCGAGUGACUUCACAAUAAGAGAUAAAGUUAAGUGCUGGGUACAAGUGUUUACAGGAUUUGACACAGUGGAGAGAAAAGCUCUUGAGAAGAUACUGGAGCAGAAACAAAGGAUACAACAAGAAAUGCAAAAAUAUUUGUCUUUCAGACAGAUGGAACAGGAUGUGGAUGUUCCUGAGAUUCAGAAAAAGAUUCUGUUUUGCUUCAGAAUGAUGUCACGUACAUUUUCUGAUCCCCCGAAGGCUGAACAGAAUUUUCAGAUCCUUGCUCAAUUGAAAGAUGCUAAUAUCUGGAAGAUUUUGUCUAAUCUGCUUGAUCAUGACACUAGCAUAAUGGAAGCAUCCAAGCAUCGGAAUGAUGUGCUUAAAAUAAUUUCUGAGCAGCAUCGCCUCUAUGAUUUUCUUGUCACUCUCUCCAUAAAGUGUUCUUAUCUACUUUUCAACAAGGAACACGUGAAGGAAAUAUUAGCAGAAGUCUCUGCUAGAAAGUCUGCACAAAAUCCUUUGAGCAUUCAGUCUUGCAUGAGCUUGUUAGGGAUUCUCGCAAGUUUCUGUCCCUCAUUGUUUAUUGGGGUUGAAGCGGAAUUGAUAAGUUUCCUGAAAGAUGAUGAUGAAACAACAAAAGAAGGUGCUUUAAAAAUUUUGGCGAAGGCGGGUGGUACUAUUCGUGAAAAUCUCACUGUUUCAUCAAGCUCUGUGGAUUUAAUGCUGGAGAGGAUCUGCGUAGAAGGUAGUCGUAUGCAAGCAAAGUAUGCUGUGCUUGCUUUAGCAUCAAUAACAAAAGAUGAUGGACUCAAGUCCCUCUCCGUUCUAUACAAGAGACUUGUGGACAUGCUGGAGGACAAGACACAUCUUCCAGCUGUACUUCAGUGUCUUGGAUGUAUAGCUCAGAUUGCUGUGCCAGUUUUCGAGACUAGAGAGGCUGAAGUAGUGGAAUUUAUUAAAAGCAAAAUUCUUAAAUGCAAAAGUGAAGCUGUAGGUGACAAAAAUUCGUCCUGGGAUGACAAAACUGAACUUUGUCGACUGAAGAUAUAUGGAAUUAAGACAUUGGUGAAAAGCUACUUGCCUUUUAAUGAUGCUCAUCUCCGUGCGGGAGUUGAUGACCUUCUUGGAUUACUCAAAAACAUACUUUCUUUUGGAGAAGUAUCUGAAGAUAUAGAAUCAAGUUCCAAUGACAAGUCCCAUUUGAGGCUUGAUGCUGCGAAGGCAGUCCUCCGUCUUUCUAGGCACUGGGAAGAUAAGAUACCGAUGGAUGUCUUCCAUUUAACACUUAAAACACCUAAGAUUUUAUUUCCUAUGGCUAGGAAAAUAUUCCUGGGAAAAGUUCAUCAAUAUGUGAUGGAUCGGCUUUUGGAUGUGAAGUAUGCCUGUUCAUUUUUAUUUGACCUUGCUGAAUCAAAGGUUCUUGAAUCAGAUGAGGGAAAACAGAACCUUGCUGACAUCAUUCAACUAUCUUACCAAUCAAAAGCACGUCAAAUCUCUGCACAGCCUGAUACAACUUCAGCUAAUCUGUACCCGGAGUACAUCCUUCCUUAUUUGGUUCACAUGCUUGCUCAUCAUUCUUGUCCUGACAUAGACAAAUGUCGGGAUGUCAAGGAAUACGAAAUGAUAUAUCGCCAAUUAUACUUGAUCAUUUCUAUGUUGCUCUGCAAAGAGGACGAUGGUAAGUCUGAAGAUAAUACCAAGGAACCGGAGAACGUACCCACCAUAAUUAGCAUCUUUCAGAGUAUAAAACAGUCAGAAGAUGUCAUGGAUGCUACAAAGUCAAAGAAUUCACGUGCAAUAUGUGAGCUUGGACUGUCAAUUGUCAAACGCUUAACUGAGAAGGAACUUGAUUUGCAAGGGAUGGCGGCAUCUGUCUCGUUGCCUCCAACACUCUUUAAACCUUAUAAAGAAAAGGAAAGUGGUGACUCUCAGGUGUGUGAAGAGCAUAUAUGGUUGGCUGACGAGACAGUGCUGGCACAUUUUAAGUCUCUGAAGCUGGAGAAUGAUGCAUCUGUAACACCUGAAGCUGCUGAGGCUGAGGAUAUAAAAGAUGGGGAAAGUGAUGGGAACGAAGUACCUUUGGGAAAGAUUGUAGAGCGUUUGAAAUCUCAAGGAACCAAAGGUGGAAGGGCUAAAAAGAAUAAACCUCUACCUGCUGAAGCUGAGAACGGUGAAAAUGAUGUCGAUAUAUUGAAAAUGGUGAGGGAAAUAAACCUAGAUCAGAUGGGAAUGCUGAAUAAAUUUGAAUCCAGUAAUGGUCAGAAGCAAUCUCCUGACAAGAGAGCAGGCACAGAUCAAGGAGAUAAAAAUGCUAACAAGAGAAAGGCUGGUGAUGAAACAUCAGUAAUUUCGGUACCUAAGCGCCGGAGGUCCUCUUCUGGUCAUAUUCCUUUCAAGUUUUCAAACACCAGUCCUAAGUUCCGACAGGAAGAUUCAAAAGAUGAGUUUCAACAAGAAAGAGAUAUUUCUUGGGACACAAAUGACCAAAUUUCUGGGCGGAAAAAAGGGAUGGAAAGCACCAGUUCCCUGAAGAAAAAGAAAGGCCUCUCAUCAGAUCUCAAGACUAUAGGAUCUGACUGGGGUUUCAGUGAUGAAGAAAACGAAAGCAAAGGUGCUGAUCACAUUGAGAGGAAGCAAAGUAAGUUGGCAAGAAGUGGUGAUAAUAUAUUGAAGUCUGCCUCUGGAUCAAUGCAGAAUCAGAAAAGAAAGAGCAUCUCUGGUCUGGCAGAGUGCCCUUUGAAAGAAAAUAAACCAGUGGCUGAUGAAUUGAUCGGUUGCAGAAUAAAAGUGUGGUGGCCUUUGGAUAAAAGGUUUUAUGAAGGCAUGGUGAAAUCCCAUGAUCCAACUAAACAUAAGCAUGUGAUUCUGUAUGAUGAUGGAGAUGUUGAAGUACUUCAUCUGGAGAAAGAACGUUGGGAGCUUGUUGACAUGGGUCGAAAGGCCACAAAGAAGUUGAACUCAUUGAAAAACUCUCCUCAUAAGAGAAGAUCUGCUGAAAGCAAACAUAAGCAUUCUGAUGGUUCUUGGGAGAAUAAGGACCCAAUUACGACCACACCAAAAAGAAAGAGGACUCCAAAGAAAAACUUGAGACAUAAACAGGAAGGCACAUCAAGAAGUCUCUCUGCAGAAGCUGAAAAAGAAGAGAGGGCAGACAAGAAAAAUAAUGCAUCUGCUAUGUCAUAUGUUUCACCCGGGAAGGCUGCUGAAACAAUGGAUGGAAACCCGACAGACAGAGAGGAGUCUAAAGGAAAAUCCGGGAAUGAAGAGGAGACUGAAGAAUGUGAAAAGAAGAAAGAUUUACAGGGAGAAGAAGCCGAGUCAAGUGCAAGCUUCAGAGGGGAUGAAACUGAGGUUGACAAAUCAGAGUCCGAAGAUAUGGAAGAGAAAGAUGAAAUUGAGACAGGACCAGAAAACCAUGCUGGGGAUACAGAUAUUUCCGACAACGAGACUCUGGGGGCAUGGAAACUUAAAGUGUGUAAAGCAAACCGGAGGAAAGCAACAUAGGUAUGGAAUUGAAGUGGAUGCUGACGCAAUGCUGCAGUUGUCUUUGGACGGCAGGAUAGGUGGUGGGAAUGUAAAAAAGGUAGACGAGGAAAAGGAAUGACCUUGUAUUAUAUAUUUGGAGGGUAGAAAUGUAAGAUUUGUGUAGGAAUGAGAAUAUUGGGAGGGG